GAGCGCUCAAUGGCAAGAAAAAAUGUAGACAGAGCAAAAGAGAAAGCAAGGGCGCGCGCGCGCGAGAGAGAGAGAGAGAAGAUCAAAGGAAAGAGAGAAAUUAAAGAGAGAGGGACAGAGAGAGAGAGAGAUAGAGCGAGAGAGAGAUGGGCGGGGGGAGGAGAGGGAUAGGCUGCAAUGAGGAGCUGAUAGCGAUCUCCCACAGUCGUCGGCGCAUGUUGCUGAGCGCCGCUCGCAGUCAGUCGGAGGGGAAGAUCACCGUGUUUGACCAUCAUGCCCGCCGCCCUCUAAACAACGUCAGGCGACCAGCAGUAGCAGCAGCGCUUUGGUAAAGGCAUGGCUUAGCCCGCCGGCCCCUGUGAAGCCCCCUGCAGAGGCGGAGUGAGUGAAGAGCUCGCCUCCCCUGCUUCUUCUCCCCGGCUCGCUCUGUGCACGAUGAGCCUGGCGCUGCAGGAUCUGCGGAACAACAUGUCCAACUACAAGCGUGCAACCUUUGAGGAGGAAGAGGGGGCAGACAUUCCAGCCGAUGGAGCCAUCUCUCCCGAUAGUGUGGAGGUGGGCUUCCGGAAGGGUGGUAUCCAGUUUUUUGGUCCGUUGGGCCGGAGAACUCAGUUGGAAGUGGUGUUAGCUGGUCUGCUCUUGGCUUCUCUACUAGCUCUUUUCGGUUGUGCCAUCACUCUAGGGGUCCACUAUAACAGAGAUCCAUCACGCAGCCUGUGCUUGACGGAAGCGUGUGUGACAGUGGCCAGUAAGAUUGUGGAGUCAUUGGACCGCACUGUUGACCCCUGUCAGGAUUUCUAUCAGUACGCAUGCGGGGGCUGGAUCCGCAAAAACCCACUUCCUGAUGGCCGCUCACGCUGGAGCACCUUCAACAGCAUCUGGGACCAGAACCAGGCUGUGCUCAAACAUCUAUUAGAAAAUGGAACUUUUAACUCGAGUAGCGAAGCAGAGAAGAAAGCUCAGUUCUACUACUUAUCCUGUCUGAAUGAGCAGCGCAUCGAGGAGCUGGGAGCUCAGCCACUCAUCGAUCUCAUUGCUAAGACUGGGGGUUGGAACAUCACUGAGCCCUGGGAUAAGGAUAACUUCAUGGAUGUGCUGAAGACAGUGUCAGGCCCAUACAGAGCUCAGCCCUUCUUCACUGUGGGGGUCAGCGUGGACCCCAAAAACUCCAACAGCAAUGUCAUUCAGGUGGACCAGUCGGGGCUCUUCCUUCCCUCUCGGGACUAUUACCUCAAUAAGACUAAUGAGAAGGUAUUGAAGGCAUAUCUGGACUACAUGGUGGAGCUGGGUUUGUUGCUGGGAGGAGAUAAGAACUCCACUCAAAGUCAGAUGCAGCAGAUUCUGGACUUUGAGACGGCGCUGGCCAACAUCACUGUACCCCAGGACGAACGCAGAGAUGAAGAGAAAAUCUACCACAAAAUCACCAUCGCUGAGCUGCAGUCACUGGCCCCUUCGGUGGAUUGGCUUGACUACCUGUCCUCUGUCCUUUCACCCCUGGAGUUGAAUGAUACCGAACCGGUGGUGGUGUACGCCAAGGAGUACCUGCAGCAGGUCUCGGAGCUCAUCAACAAGACUGACCGCAAUCUGCUGAAUAACUACAUGAUUUGGAAUCUGGUGCAGAAGGGAGCAUCCAGCCUUGACCAGCGCUUUGAAAAUGCCCAGGAUAAACUACUGGAGAGUCUCUAUGGCACCAAAAAGUCAUGUACUCCACGCUGGCAGACAUGCAUUGGGAACACAGAUGAUACGCUGGGUUUUGCUUUAGGGGCGCUCUUUGUCAAUGCCACCUUCGAUAAAGACAGCAAAGAGAUAGCUGAGGGCAUGAUCAAUGAGAUUCGAACUGCUUUUAAAGAUGCGCUGGACAACCUCAGUUGGAUGGACAAGCAGACACGACAGGCUGCCAAGGACAAGGCUGAUGCCAUCUAUGAUAUGAUAGGCUACCCUGAUUUCAUACUGGACCCCAAGGAGCUUGAUGAUGUUUAUGAUGGGUAUGAUGUGUCAGAAGAUAACUUCUUCCAGAACAUGCUCAACUUCUACAACUUUUCAGCACGGGUGAUGGCAGACCAGCUCCGCAAACCUCCAAACAAAGACCAAUGGAGCAUGACUCCCCCCACAGUAAAUGCAUACUACAUGCCCACCAAGAAUGGCAUUGUCUUUCCUGCUGGAAUCCUGCAGGCUCCCUUCUAUGCUCGGGACCACCCAAAAGCACUGAACUUUGGAGGCAUUGGUGUGGUGAUGGGGCAUGAACUUACUCACGCUUUUGACGAUCAGGGCAGAGAGUAUGAUAAGGACGGAAAUCUUAGACCCUGGUGGCAGAAUUCUUCAGUGGAUGCAUUUAAGAAUCGCACAGAAUGCAUGGUGGACCAGUACACUCAGUACACAAUCAAUGGAGAACACAUAAAUGGAAAACAGACCCUGGGAGAGAACAUUGCUGAUAACGGAGGCCUAAAGGCUGCCUAUCAUGCAUACAGAUCUUGGGUGCAGAGAAAUGGAGAGGAGAAAAGACUCCCAGCAGUCAAUCUGACCAAUGACCAGCUCUUUUUUGUGGGGUUUGCACAGGUGUGGUGCUCUGUACGGACACCAGAGAGUGCUCAUGAGGGCCUGAUGACGGACCCUCACAGCCCACCCAAAUACCGUGUCAUCGGAACAUUGUCCAACUCGCCCGACUUCGCCCAGCAUUUCCAGUGUCCACUGGGCUCUCCAAUGAACUCAGGCCACCGGUGUGAGGUGUGGUAAAGCUAGGAGCAUGGUGAAGAACCAGGGGCCUCUGGCUUGCUUUGCUUUGACAAGUCAGAGCUGAAUGGAUGGACUAUACUCUACCAAGCACUGGACCUUUUUCUUUUCUUCUUCUUUUUUCCGGUUAUGGAAUAUGAAAUGUUGUUGGACACAAAGUGGACUUGAACGGGUUGGGCCAGAGCCUGGAGGAUACACAGGGAGUGUGUUAGCUAACGUUUGCAUUGUCCAGCAUUGUAGGCAACUGAUUUCUCACUCUCCUUCUGCACGGCCACAAAAGCCCACGCAGGGCUGUCUUAUUUAUUAUUUGCUGCACUUGAACUUCUGGGUGAUACGGUGAGGAUGAGGAAGAAUCCCCAGCCCUUUCCUAUGCUUUUAUGUGUUUUGUUUUUUUUUUGUGCUUCAUGACCUGUUUACAGCAACCGUGGACGGGCUUUCUUCUCCAGGAAGAAAAAAAAAAGACAUUGUGAUGUCAGAGGGAGUGCCCCUCCUUCACUUUGACUUCAGAGGAAAUGUUUGGCUCCCUCUGUGACCUCACAGGAAGUGCCAUAUGCUCUUAGUGACCUCACAGGAAGCAUUAGAAAGUGGAAACGCUGAGCUCCAGCCAGGAGCCAGUGGGAAGGAAGUGUUUUGAGGAUAAAAGUGUUGCGUUUUUUCUUGUUGCAAUCUCACCAAUAAACUGUCGACCAGCAGUUGGUUCAUAAUGGGGACAGCCACUACUCGUUUCAUUCAGCCUGUGUAUAUUGUCAUUAGCAUAUUAUGUUGACAAAGUUGAAAUGUUAUUUUAAACUGCUUUUUGCCAAAGAAUAUUUUUGUUUUUUGUUCCCGUGUUUUCUGUGUUCUGUCUGCUUUUGCUUACUCACACACUGGUCAGGAGAUGUCUGUUAUACCCUGCGAUGUUUAGCUGGCCUGUGUGUGUGUGGGUGCUCAGAUGCACAUAUGUGCGCCGACAUGGGUGUCUGUGAAAGGACAGAGAUGUAUGUCUUCUUUUGCUAAACUUUCUAUGACGUCUAGUCUGCUGAAGUGAUUUAACACAUUAUCUUUUUUUUUUUUUUAAACCACUAAAGGAGAAGAGAAGCUCUGUCACUGAUGCUCUUUUCCUUUUCUCUUUGACAGUGUUUCAGGCUGUAUAAGUGAAGGUGUCAUGGGUUAACCGACCCAAGCCACACUUGGACUGAUGCUAAUUCAACUUCCAUCUGUGAUGGUUAGAUUUUCCAUGUAUAUAAUUCUCUGGCUAUCCUCAAUCUUCACCCAACAAUGCUAACAUUGUUAACAAUGAAUAGAAGCUAGUGGGCACCAGUUAUCAAUUUAAUUUCCAUAACCGUUUUCUAGCUCAUCUCAGCUAGCGUGCAUUCAUCACUAGCAGUGUUAGCAUUUCUUUACUGGUCUUCAUUGAUGAGCCUUGUGGUUUACAAAAGGAUAUUACUACAAGGGGUGGGCGAUAUGGCAGAAAUAUUACAUCAUGAUACUUCGAGAUUUUCAUGAAACAUGAUAUGCAUCACAAUAUUUAGUUUUUCUGAGAUUUAACAAAGAAAGUUGGAACAGAUAAAGGGAAUCUGUAGUGCCACAUAAUAAUAAUAGUAAUAAUAAUAAUAAUAAUAAUUCUGCUACAAUGAUUUUAUUCAGUGUUUUACAACUGCACCAAAUCCAGUUAAACAGGCCUAAUUAUGCUCACUUUGUAAUGAAACAUGUAGUUCUUUAACUACUGACAAUGUCCACGAUUCAGAAAAGCGAAUUAUAACAUAGUUUAUCACGACAGCGAUAAAAUAGCGUCAUAUUGCCCACCCCAAAUUACUACCCACUGCUACCUGCUCUCAAUCCCAAAGCAAACUGACAUUUUAUUUGUUUAAAAGCUGCUGGUAUCUUCACUUUUCAAGCACCCUUUAAGUGAGUUCAUGUUUCUAAAGCCACUUGAAGGUGUUUUCAGUCUUGCUAGCUUAGCCACACUAUGAGGAGCUGGGUUUCCACUAUGCCAUUGAAUCAUGUGAGCACUCGCUGUCUAUUUAGCACAUAACCACACAUUGUGAAUUAACUGUGUUAAUCAAUCACUUGAUGCUAAUUUUGGACCUUCAUUCAGAUAUUGUAUGUAUAGGAUUGCAAGUGUAGACUCAUUCAUCAGAAGGUUUCAGGUCCCUCCGUCUGCCUUAAAAUGCACUUCCGUUGGAUGGAGAGGGGAAAAAGAUGCUUUGGUUGGCUGUAUGAGCCUGCAGUGCUAACAUCCCUGUGCUAACUGCUCAUUGGUUGGUCUUUCCAGAGACUGAUCAGGCUAGUCCUUUGUGAAGUUGCACCUCCGUUGCUAAGUAUGCUUAUUGAACCUCCAGCCAGAGAAACUUCACUUCACCUCCCUGCUUUCUCCCAAAAUAACACAUGUCCCCCUUAAGUCUCUCUCUUGGUGCGAUACUCACUUAGAGAAGUUUUAACUUCAUGGCUAUACUGAGGCAUUUGUGAUAACCCUCAAAUAUCUACAGAGUGAAAUAUAGACCUACAGGAAUAAUAGUGCAUAUAUAUGUACAUGGUUAUAUUUAAAAUGAAACUUGAAGGCCUUCAAAUAGACGUUGUGUGCCAUUAAGUGUUAUUGAUGUGUGCUUUCACCAGGACUUUUUUCCCCAUUUUUUCUAGUGGUGAAUCUUGCCAAAUGGCAGGUUUGCUGGCCAGUCAAGAUCUGUCUGUGAUGUUUUUGACCAGUGAGAAAGUAGCCUUGUUUGUCAUUUCGUUGUCAAAACAUUAUUAUUCAAGAAAUCAAGAAAUAUGUCCUUUACCAGUUACUGUCCAAGGAUGAUAUGAGUGGGGUUUGGUUCUCGUUUGCUCUGUGUUUGUCAUUUUUCAUCUUUUUUGCUCCCUUUUCUUUAAGAUGUUAUGAUGUUAUAGCCUUAUUUAAUUCACCAAGUGUACAUUUCCUUGACUGAUAGUUUAUGUUUUUGUACUGGUGGUAUUGAAGGUUAUACUGACUGCUUUUGAAUUUGUUAGUCAAAAGGACGUUCCCUGUCAUCAGUUCAAUCAGCAUCUGUCAGAGGACGCUCUGCCCAGCCUAUAGUGCAACAUUCCACCUAGAAAAAUAUAAACAAAUCUGAAAUAAAAACUAUAUAUUAUAAAAAAA